GUAAAACACGGGCAUGAAGCGGAGGUAAGGCUGGAGUCUUACUCUGCUGUUUGCCUGUGCUGUAGCACAUUGUGUUGCAAGUUGAACUGCUGUCGAGAACAACCAUGGAUUCUCUGGACUUAGUGAGCCCUUACCUGUUCAAGCACAAAGGGAGUAACUUUCUGGUCAAGGACAAAAUGCAACCAGAGGACCUUGAUGCUCUCCAGUAUUUUGAGAUCCGUUCAACUGAUGUCUUCCUCAUAUCGUACCCCAAGUCAGGCACAGCAUGGAUGCAACAGAUCCUGGUGCAGAUCAUGGAUGCUGCUCACCCUGAGCAGGCAGAAGAUGUCAGCAAUAGGCUACGAGUUCCUUGGCUGGAGGAAAGAUCUGCAGACAACCCUCUCAGAGAAAGGCCAGAUCCUCGGAUCUUUGGCACACACCUCCCCCCUGACAUGUUGCCACUUGGAGUGAAAGCAAAGCAAAUCAAGGCUGUGUAUGUUUGGAGGAACCCGAAGGAUGUCCUGGUGUCCUUAUAUCACUUUGCACACAGUUGGGUCUUGUUGGAAACACCGACGAGCUUUGAGGAUUUCUUUCAGCAGUUCCUGGAUGGUAAAGUUUACAUGGGAUCAUGGUUCGAUCAUGUGCGAGAGUAUUACGCAGUACACAAACAACUAAAUAUCCAUUUUGUGCAGUAUGAGAAUAUGUUGAAGGACCUCAGAGGGGAAGUUGUGAAGUUAUGUGCUUUCCUUGGAAAAGAUUUGAUGGAUGACACCAUUGAUCAUGUUGUGAAGAUGUCCACCUUCAAAAGCAUGAAGACCAACCCCAAUGCAAACUACAAGGAUUUAGUCGAAAAAGGCCGCUACCUUGGAGAAACCAUGCGCAAAGGGGUGGCGGGUGACUGGAAGAAUUACUUCACAGUGGCUCAGAAUGAACGUUUUGACGAAGUCCUCAAAUACAAGAUGAGCAACUUUCCUCUGCCCUUAACCUGGGAGAUCAAUCAGUAGCCCCCAUCAAAUUCAGAAUUCACAACAAACUAUGUUGUGCAACAAACUAAGUGCUCUUCUUGCCUUGUGACAGGAGGUUCACCACAACUACUUUUUUCACAUUAGAGCAUUGUGGGCUUUACCAUCGGAUGGUUAAUGCUCUUGUUAAUGUAAGGGUGAUGGUUAGGGUGUGUAACAUUGCAUUAUGUAAUAACAAAUCAUUAUGUCAUAAAAUGUCAAAAUGUAAUACAUUUUCACAUAAUAAACCCGCAAUAUGUAAUAAA